AUGGAACCCCCGAGAGACCCUCAACCUGGUGACACGUCACAACAGACCUUGGAUUCUCAUCCCAUCCACCCCGAUAUUCACAAAGCCUCGGACGGUGCCAUAUCCAAGAAAAGCAUUGCAGAGGAGCAUGUGGAUGUUUCCCUCGGGGAGCCUAGCGCUAUCGACGAUCCGAACCAGGACAGAGGCGGAGGCAAGAGCAGAGCCAUCGGUCGCUUUUACAGCAAGUACCGACUCGGCUUCCACAUUCUGUUCUGGAUGGUCUGGACGGCGUGGUGGAUACAUGGGCUAGUUUUCCAUCGAUCCGAUGCACUUGGAUGGCUCAUCCCGUUCCUACUUUAUCUGGCCGUCACUCUGCGUUUCAUCUUCUGGUGGAUUCCUAUCGAAACGUUCUGGGCACCUGUCCGAGUUGCCUGGGCGUAUACUUUCCGGCGGGUGUAUGAUGUCAUUCCUUCCAAAUUCCGCCAACCAGCCGCUGCGGCUUUCACCGUUGCAGUCUUCUUGACAGCCACUUUCAUCCCUGCUGAGACGGGUGUCAACACGCGUCCUAGUAGAGCCAUAUCUCUAUUCGGACUCGUCGUCAUGAUCGCUGGACUUUACGCGACCUCCCGAGACCGCAAGAGGAUUCAAUGGCAUACAGUCAUCGGCGGCAUGCUUACCCAAUUCGUCAUCGCUUUGUUCGUCUUGAAGACAAAGCCUGGCUACGAUAUUUUUGCUUUCAUCUCCUCGAUGGCACGGACGCUACUCACUUUUGCUUCAGACGGCGUCGUUUUCCUGACUAGCGAGUCAGUCGCAUCACUACCGUGGUUCUUGAUCGGUGUCGUACCUCCCAUCAUCUUUUUUGUGUCUCUUGUUACGUUGCUCUACCACUUCGGUAUAUUACAAUGGUUUAUUAAGAAGCUUGGAAGAUUCUUCUUCUGGAUACUUAGAGUGUCUGGGGCUGAGGCCGUCGUCGCGGCCUCUACACCCUUUGUCGGACAAGGAGAGUCGGCUAUGCUUAUUCGUCCGUUCAUCCCCUAUCUAACCCAUGCCGAAAUCCACCAGGUCAUGACCUGUGGCUUUGCAACAAUCUCAGGAUCUAUGCUCGUUGCCUAUAUUGGCCUCGGCCUUAACCCACAAGCAUUAGUCUCCUCUUGUAUCAUGUCUAUCCCGGCUUCCCUUGCUAUCUCUAAGAUGCGAUAUCCUGAGACAGAGGAGCCUCUAACGUCUGGAUACAUUGUCGUUCCGGAAGUUGAAGAGGACAAGGCUUCGAAUGCCUUGCAUGAUUUUGCCAACGGUGCAUGGCUCGGUCUCAAGAUUGCUGGGAUGAUUGUUACUACCCUCCUCUGUAUCAUCUCCUUCGUGGCCCUGGUCAACGGCUUCUUGACCUGGAUAUCUCAUGUAUCCCGUCGCCUGGCUCCUUGGAGUCCCGUCCCAGGAUCUUCGAGCUUUCGGAGAACUCCUCGCCUUAAAAUCGUGGCAAACGAGUUUGUCGCCUUCUCUGCCCUGUCCCAUGAUGAGCCGUUUAUCAGCAUGAAUAGCCGCACAAGGCUGUUAGCUACUUAUGCAUGCUGUGGCUUUGGAAACAUUGGUUCGCUUGGAACGCAGAUUGGAGUAUUGUCUCAGAUUGCGCCCGGUCGUUCAGGCGCCAUCUCACGUGUAGCUGUCUCGGCUCUUGUGUCUGGUAUCAUCGCCACGCUCACUUCGGCGAGUGUAGCUGGGAUGUUGCUCACCGACGAUGCAAUGAUUGGAUGA